AUGCUUACCGAUACCGAGGACCCUUGUCCUGCUAAAGCGACCUCCAUGCUUUUGCACCGUACGAAUUUGGCUUCAGGAAAUCGAAAAUUAUUCCUUGUCCCUGGUAGAUUCGGUUCUGGAGCUUUAUUUAGAGGCCUAAAGCCGUCAUUGGUUGCUGUUGAGAAUGUGUCUGUCUAUGCGCUUGAUAUUCCCUUCACAAUAAUUAAACCCGAUCCGAGACAACCGCCAACACUUGAGGAGCUCGCUGCUAUUUACGUAGCAGAAAUCAAGCAGAAGCAGCCCGAAGGCCAUAACCUGAUCGGAAGGUACUCUAUCGGCGGUGUGGUAGCCUAUGAGAUUGUACGACAGCUUUUCGAAGACGACAAUGAGGUUGAGAAGCUAUUCAUAAUUGAUACUGCAUGUCCCACCUUCUCAACCUCGCUUCCAAAAGCUCUAGUGGACUUUUUAGAUUCAAUCAUCGAAGUCCGCGCGACUAAUUCGGCAGAGAUUCAAGAAAAGAGAAGAGGAAAAAAUGAUCAUUCUACGCUGGCAAAUCAACAGUUGUCAAGGUACCAAGUGAGCAAGUUACCAGGCAGAAAGAUACCAUCCGCUAUGCUAUUCCUGGCGAGAGAGGGAUUGGAUACGCAGAAUAAAAUACCUAGACCAGACGUUUUGCCUGAAGAGCAGAGAAUAGUGAAUUGGUUCUUGGACAAUAGACUCGGUGAUGGGUCUCUUGGUUGGGAAGAGCUCUUGCAAGAUGUGAGGGUGUUCCGGCCGAGGGUAAUCACUUUUCGAUGA